UCGCCCGAGGAUUCUAGAGCAAUGGGGAAAUCGCGGGUCGUGAUCCUUAAGGUGGGGAGGCCUCUCGGUGUGCCCUACAAAUCGUGAACACAAUGAAUGCAGCAUGUGUGCGAGGUCGAGAUCAAAGUCACGUUGUCACAUUGUCACGCAUCGAUUUUCACUUGCGGCUUUCGAUAGAGGGAAGACAGAGCGGGCCAUACUCAGGCCCGUCUUUGCUCAAACAGAGGACUCUAAAUAUCGAGGAAUGCGACGCGGAUCAGCUCAGUGCGGAACGGAUGAAUGGGAAGUCGAUGAUGACUGUCAAGGGAAGCAUCGCAGCUGAGCUUCGUGAUGGAGGGCGGGCUGCCAUCCCAAGUCAACAUCUGUCCAUCCAGCUAUAAAACCCAGCGAUCGACAUCUCACCACCGCCCAUGAUGAUGCCCAUCAUGCCACCCGCAUGCGUCCGGGGCCUCCUCCUCCCCACCCUCCUUGUGCUGUCCCUUUCCGCGUCCGUGUCCGGCAACCCAGUCACCCUCUACGACGUCACGUUCUCCGGCAUCCCGGCCGUUACCGAAGUCAGUGAUGCCGCCUUCACCAUUCUCUCACUCUCCGUCGGGGGCGUGGUCACGGACGCAUCCGCAGUGCAGGGGACGACGUACGUUGAAGUCGACGGCCCACCGACGCCGACGUCCGUGACCGUCGACGGCACAGUCUUCGGGCUGGGCACCAAGACGCGUGCGUGUUUCAUCUUAUCAUCUUAUCGCACGGAGCGUCCUGCAACGCGGCGCGCUGCCCUGCGUGUGGCAAGUCUGACCGAACCCGCAGGUACCUUCAUCGAGGGACCCACCGGGAUCGUCGAGCCCGACAACCUCGGGCCGGGCUUCUCCGCGGAGAACAGCUGCAGCUGGGCGACGGCGGCAUCCGGGGCGCCCGUAGUAUGCCAGGGCGUGGUCUGGGAAACGGGUGUCGAGUCGACGGUGACGGUGCUGACGGGCGCACUCGUCCCCGCCGUCACGCUGUCGGACAGUAGCGCCAGCACUGCGAGCACGACGAGUGCCGUCGGUGCGGCACCGACCAAUACGGCAAAAACGGGAGCUGCUGCGCGACUGCAUGUUGGAGGACGUGGCAUGGGAGCGAGCUGGGGCAUGGCGUUGCUUGGGCUGCUUGCUGCUUCGGGGAUGUUCAUCGCUUAGGGAUUGCUCAUGUCUGUUCUUGAAUCCCAGCCUAUCUCCUUUGUCUAGGAUUUCAGUCCGCCGAUCUGUUGCGAAGCACCGCUGUGCCUAUGGCCUCCGGUAUGUGCUUUUCAUAGACUCUGGCAUCGAGCCAGAGUCGCUUCCUGUUCUCACUCGACGCCAUGCCAUGGUGGGAGUCAGGACAAGCUCGUAGAUGGACGCUAACAUGUGCAAUGUCUCGUAUUGGCGCUCGUGAGCGGCUGCACUCAUCGACCACCUCUCCAGAACAAUUUCCAAGAAGCGGGCGAAACGACGUAAGACAAGGAACGGGACCGAGCUCAGCAAAGAUAAGAGAGCGAAAAUCUCGGCACAGCCACUGUGCUUCGCGAGAGAAUACAGAAACAUGAUCGGCGUGGAUAAUUGUAUACUGGAUCUGCGAGAGUCAGCUUGGAUCAUUUUCAGGCUCAUGCAGGCAUCGGCGAAGAAGAAAGCGGCUGGUACAGCAUACGAGGGCCUCAGACUCGAACAAUCGACGGCUCGCCUUGCUAGUCAUGGAACGGGGUACUACAUCCUCUCCGCCGAAUGCGCCUCGCCCAAGGCCAAGUGCUGUGCCUAAUGGAGAACAUCGAGACGAAGGCUCCAUGUCUUGGUCACCCGGCGAUACGUCUCCACCACCUCCGCUGGAGUUCCUCCGUCCGACUCCCUCCACUCCAUCGGGGAGCACCACCAGCUUGGCACAAGCCACCACCACCACUCACGCCCACCCCGGCGCCGCUUCUUAUCGCCACCACGUACAGCCAACCUGCCACCUAUGAUCCAGCCGCUGGGCACCGGUACCGGCCCAAGCGGCCGCCGCGCUCCUGCAGGAGGCUUCCAUUCGCCAUCCAAGAGCACGGAGUCGACACCCCGGAUCGCCGGACACGCGCAAUCCGAGUUAUGGCAAGUGGGCUAGCCGUUUCCAGAGCUAGAUGGGGUUGUGUACCCAGUGCAAAUAGAGGACCGCCAGAUGGGGGACCGCCAGAUGACGGAGGGUGCAGGAGAGGGGAAUCGUGACGUGAUCGGAGGUGAUCUACAGGACGGAGGAUUGAGGUGAGACGAAGCAGCAGAGGAGAGCAGAUGGAGAAAGGAAGGUCAAGAAAUUGCAGUUAGUGACCACCACUCGAGCUUGGAUUAAAAUUAGACUGGAUAGGCUCGCAUAGGCUAUCUUGUCAACUAGGUCUAGAGGCCAGGAAAGGCGAGAGCUGCGUCCGAAUUGGUCCCAAGCUCAUCUGUCGUUGUCCAUGGACAGGGACCAGGCAGAUGAGCAGGGACUAGACAGCCCUCGUGGAGCAGAGCACAGACACUAUCCGGGCCCCGUAGUGUAGCAGAGCACAGCCACAGCAGAGUCUA